GUAACUAGUCGCAGAAGCUUCCCGCGAGUUCAAAAUUUCUCACGUGCCCGUUGAAUGAUCGUCGACCGAAAUUUUACGAACGUUUCCCUGUUAAUAAUACUUUCGUGUCGCUCAUCGCGAGCGUCGAUCUGACCGUCGCGUUUGCUUUUUAACAAAUCUAAACGUUUUUCCCGCCGCUCACUAGGUAAGUAGGUCGUCCAUUGUGCCCGUCACGACGAUUUACUCAGAUAAUCGUUAACCGCACGGCUGGUUAACGAUGAAAUUCCUGACAGGAACGAAUAUUCGAUCGUUUCGGAUUCGAUCGGAAUGAAACUAUAAAAAGGCUCCGCGAACACCGUCACCGAAAACGGGAUUCCCGGAGGAAAAACUGGAAUCGAAAAGAGAUCGUUAAUUUUAUCCAGUUCCAUCUUGGCGAUCGAAGAUAAGGCGUGACGCGCCCCCGCCUAUUGUUCGGAAAAUUAAGAGCUGGUCCACGCAACAAAGCCGUGCCCAUUAGCCUGCUAUCUGCCACUGGACAUUCCCGGAGUGUGUCAGCGAACACACAACACGUCCUGCGUAUACAUAAACGCGGCGCGGCGUUAAAAAUCGUUCAAUAGGACACCAACCGGUGGAUAGGUAGCAAGUCAUGCUGCGGCUAGUCGCGCUCGCGUGUUUCGCCUCGAUCGCCCUGAUGAUUUCGGAGACGAACUCGCUGAGCAACGACGCGAACACCAAAAACCUGGACAAUUCGUUCCACAGAGAAUCCGAGCCGUUCUUCCUGCUGCACCUGCUCAAGUUGAAGAAAAUCCAGAAAGUCGAGAAAAUCCAAACCGCCCCUCCUCCUACGGACUGCAUCUGCGUACCGUAUUACCUUUGCAGCGUCAACGGUACCGUCACUAUAGAUCAAAUCGGAGCAGUAGUUAUCAGGUACCGAAGAUGCACGGGCGACCUAGAAGUCUGCUGUCGCCUAGUGAACGCCACUACGACCACGAUGAAGCCUACCACGAAAACUACGCCGACGACUAUGAAAACCACUCCCACGACUAUGAAGACCACAACUACGACUCUUGCUCCGGUUAUAUUCCCGAACACCGAAUCCCCAUCAGCUCAAGUGUGCGUCUGUGUCUACGUAUCGCAAUGCGACCCGUACGGAGUGAUCGGGACAUCGGGAGAGGGUGUGCUGAACCCCCGUCAACUGAAUGCUCAGUGUCCAACUAGCGGCCAGGUCUGCUGCAGGCCAGCCAGCGUGAUAGUGUACAACCCUCCCGUCCCUCAGCAAACUUGCACGAUCUGCGGAGCUGCCAUUCGUUGCAACAACGGCGUAGUGAUUCCAGUGAAUGUAGGCCUGGUGAACCCUUUGGUGUCCUACAGUCCGCAGACGUGCCCUGUUCCGAAUACCUGCUGCGGAGGGUUGAGUCCAUCGUAUCCCAACGGGAUCCCGGUGGUGCUAGGGCCCAUUAGAUACCCAGACACCCCGCAGGCGUGUUACUGCAUGAAGGCCUGGCUGUGCUCCGCAGGAAACUCGGGCAGUUGGGACGGCGCUGGCGCCAUCGACCCCCGGUUCUCCGCUUGUUCCUCCGCGGAUGAAGUUUGCUGCCGCCCCUCCGUGGCCCCUGACCCGAGAAGCAGGGACGGUGACAACGUUCUCGCGGAGAACAUCGUGAACGCGGGCGCUUCCUUCUCGCAGCCCGGCUGCGGCAUACGAAACACCACCUACGCGCCAGCGCAACCCUAUCCUUCGGACAGCGGCAGGACUUAUUUAGGGGAGUUUCCAUGGAUGGUCGCGCUGCUGUCGAUUCAAGCAGACGGGAAGUACUUGUUCCUGUGUGGUGGCUCGCUGAUCACGAACACGGCCAUCCUUACCGCCGCGCAUUGUGCGACCAAGAAUAGCAACGGUAGGCUGGUGGCGCGUGUCGGCCAACUGAAUCUGGACAUCAAGAACCAGUCGGUGCCCUAUCAAGAGAGCUACGUGAAGACUGUAGUGACCCAUCCAUUAUUUUACAGCGGUGCGCUAUUCAACGAUAUCGCGGUGGUUAUUUUGGACAAGCCGUUCAAUAAAAGCGCGAACGUGGUCCCCGUUUGCGUGCCGGAGCAGGGGCUGGUUUUCGCUGGUGGUACUAGGUGUUUUGGAACUGGCUGGGGAAAGAAUACGUUUGGUGGCGCGUAUCAAACCGAGCUGCGCAAAGUGGAGCUCCCCAUCGUCGAUAGAACAGACUGCCAGAAUCGUCUGAGGACGACGAGAUUAGGCUCAUACUUUCAAUUGCACAGCUCUUUCAUUUGCGCCGGCGGCGAAGCCAACAGGGACACGUGCACAGGGGAUGGCGGAGGACCACUGGUCUAUCUAACAGCGAAUGGACAAUACUUUCAGGCUGGUAUUGUGUCUUGGGGUAUCGGCUGCGGUGGAACGAACAUACCGGCUGUCUACACGAACGUCGCGCAGUACACGCUAUGGAUCGAUCAACAAUUGGCUACUUAUGGAACGUAACAGCCGGAGGAACACCAUGCGUCGUCGAAGAGUAUUCUCAACGGGUCUAGUCUCUUGCUUUCUAUAGCGUGGAUACCUUAUGUUUUCAGCAACGAAUUAUAAUUUCGAAAGAUAGAGUAAUUAAAUGUUCGCAACUGAAGUUCGGGACAUUCCCGGAGAUAUAGUUGCGUCGUAGUAAGUGUUUGUUGCAUAAUAAAAUACUAACCAGUAAUAUUGAUGGAUUUACAUUGGCUAUGGUUCACUAUCUUAAUAUCAUUGGUAGGUUUGUAAGUGUCUCGCGAAUGUGUGACGAAACACCGUAUGUGUAUGUACGCUGUCAACGAUUAGAUUACAAUAAUUUAUUGAAAUGAAACGAAACGAUUUGAAUCGAAUUCAUGUGUGCACGCUGAUAGCCAACGAAUUCAAUAUACAUGGAUGAACCUUAUCGGUCCGUGACGAAACCACGGAUACCGGGGCAAAGUGCAACCGUAAUUUAUGUGUUCAGAUGUUUACAAUUUUAAUCGUAUCAGAUAAUGUAACGACUAUUUUGUGCACGGCGAAUUUUCCUUGCACUGGUUAAGUCUCUCCGGAUUAUAUAAAUUUCCCUUUCGAAGUAUGUCGUCGAAGUUUUCGAUAAUUCCUGAGAAUUCCCAAGAUUUCUGUGUAUUAUUUCAACUGAUUGGGAAUGAUUUAAUUUAUGGCGGGAUAACGCAAUCAACGAGAAUGUCGUGAAAUAAAUGGUGUGUAAAUAUGGACGGACUUAAUGUUAUUGGUCAGUGCGAAAGUUGUAGUAAAAGAACAACUCUUCCAGUAGCCGUGAUCGUCUAGU